AUGGAGGCGGCGCAGAUGAGGCGGGGCGGCGAGACGUGCUUCGUGCUUCGGGCGGCAGCCGCGGUCUUCUCCUACGUUCUGCUGAUGGCGUCGACGGGGGCGCGCGCGCAGAUGCGGGUGGGGUUCUACGACAGCUCAUGCCCGGCGGCGGAGAUCAUCGUGCAGCAGGAGGUGAGCAAGGCGGUGUCGGCCAACCCGGGCCUCGCCGCCGGACUCCUCCGCCUCCACUUCCAUGACUGCUUCGUCGGGGGCUGCGAGGCGUCCGUGCUGAUCGACUCCACCAGCGGCAACACGGCGGAGAAGGACGCCGGGCCGAACAAGAGCCUGCGGGGCUUCGAGGUGAUCGACAGGAUCAAGGCACGGGUGGAGCAAGCCUGCUUCGGCGUCGUCUCCUGCGCCGACAUACUCGCCUUCGCCGCAAGGGACGCGCUCGCGCUGCUCACAAAGAUCUUCGCCUCCAAGGGGCUCAACCAGAAGGACUUGGUCACGCUCUCCGGGGCGCACACCAUCGGCGGCUCGCACUGCAGCUCCUUCAGCAGCCGCUUGCAGUCGCCGUCUCCGACGGCGCCGGACCCGACCAUGGACCCCGGCUACGUAGCGCAGCUCGGGCAGCAGUGCGCCGGCGCCUCACCGGGCGCGCUCGUGCCCAUGGACGUCGUAACCCCCAACACAUUCGACGAAGGGUUCUACAAGGGCGUCAUGGCCAACCGCGGCCUGCUCGCCUCCGACCAGGCGCUGCUCAGCGACGGCAACACCGCACUGCAGGUCGUCACCUACGCCAACGACCCGGCCACCUUCCAGAGCGACUUCGCCGCAGCCAUGGUCAAGAUGGGCUACGUCGGCGUGCUCACCGGCAGCAGCGGCAAGAUCAGAGCCAACUGCAGGGUCGCGUGAUCCGUCAUUCAUGGCGCCAUAUCACCCGAUAGAUUUUUGAUGUUUGUACUAAGAGUGGCGAUUGAUUGAUUUCCCUAUUCGACUUGGUGGUAGCUUUCAAUUAGAGGCUUUUCUUUGACCAUGUAUGUAUUCGCUGCCUAUUCUUUGUCCCAUUGAUCGGCUUGUGUUAAUUCUUUCUUUCUGUUCACAAAAUUGUAACUAGCCCCUGAGGGUUCAUGUGCCAAAUUAAUCGAGCUA